CUAGGUGCGGAUAAGGAAUCAAUCAAGGACAAACAAGUCAUUUGCUUGGCCACUUCACUCGCUACGACCUUGUCCCAGUCUCGGGAGUUUCCCAAAUCCAUGGCUUCUUCUUCAGUCUCAGUCUCAGUCUCAGUCUCAGUCUCACUCUCCUUCUCUUCUUCUCUCCACCCUCAUCCCCUCUCCCCCAACAAGAGCCCCACCGCUCACAGAGCCCAAGACCCCACCUUUAAGCCGGCCCACUGCGCCUACGCAGCACCAGCUAAGAGCACUAGGUCUGCUAACUCCUCUUCUUCGUCUUCUCAGACCAGAAAGCGGCACUGGAAGCAAGGUGAAUACCCAGGUGUUUCAGAGACUCCCAUCCCCAGAAGAACGCCUCUCAAGAAUGUCAAGAAGAAGCUUGACCGCAAGGACAAGGCCAAGGCUUGGGUCAACACCGUCACUGAAGAAUUCUGUCACUCCAUCGACAACAAGCAAUGGCUCCGAGCCCUUGAGGUGUUUGAAAUGCUUAAAGAGCAACCCUUUUAUCAACCGAAAGAAGGGACUUACAUGAGGCUCCUUCUUCUGCUCGGACGGUCUGGCCAACCUCAGCGUGCCCAGUGUCUUUUCGACGAAAUGGUUGAAGAAGGGUGUCAACCAACUGCUGAACUGUACACAGCCCUGCUUACAGCUUACUGCAGGAGCAAUCUUAUUCAUGACGCGUUUUCUGUUCUUAACCAGAUGAAGACGUUCCCUCAGUGCCAGCCCGAUGUUUUUACAUACAGUACCUUGAUAAAGGCUUGCAUUGAUAAUUUGCAGUUUGAAUUAGUUGAGUCUUUGUAUGAAGAAAUGGCUGCACGGUCAAUCACUCCAAACACAGUCACCCAAAACGUAGUCCUGAGUGGAUAUGGUAAGGCCGGGAUGUAUGACCAGAUGGAAAGAGUGUUGUCAGGAAUGCUGGAGGGUGAAAGUUGCAAGCCCGAUGUUUGGACAAUGAAUGUUAUCCUUACUAUUUUUGGUAACAAGGGUCAGAUAGAGAUGAUGGAGAGAUGGUAUCAGAAAUUCCGUGAUUUUGGGAUUGAGCCAGAAACUCGUACUUUUAAUAUUCUGAUUAAUGCUUAUGGGAAGAAGAAAUUGUAUGAUAAAAUGUCAACUGUGAUGGAAUACAUGCGCAAGCUUCACUUCCCGUGGACAACCGCAACUUACAAUAAUGUUAUUGAGGCUUUUGCGGAUGUGGGAGAUGCAAAAAACAUGGAGUACACAUUUGAUCAGAUGCGUGCUGAGGACAUGAAAGCAGACACCAAAACAUUCUGCUGCCUAAUAAGAGGGUAUGCCAAUGCAGGUCUUUUCCAUAAGGUGAUUAGCAGUGUUCAGUUGGCUGGAAAGUUUGAGAUACCUGAAAAUACCACGUUUUAUAAUGCAGUGAUAUCUGCAUGUGCAAAGGCAGAUGAUUUGAUGGAGAUGGAGAGAGUUUUUAACCGGAUGAAAGAAAAGCAAGUCUCGCCAGAUUCCUCGACAUAUGCCGUCAUGGUUGACGCAUAUAGAAAGGAAGGUAUGAACGACAAGAUCUACUAUUUGGAGCAGGAGAUUAGUGCUGAUGGUAUUCAAACCGAUUAGGCCUUGGGAGUUGAGUAUGGAUUGUUGUUCAAUUGAUAUCUUUGAAGGCACCAGUUUGCUUCAACAUUCCCCUAAUCUUGUAUUUGGCAUUCCGGUACUUCUAUUGCAGCAGUGGGACUCUAUCGUGACAUUCCUGGUUUAUAAAGGACUGCAAGAACUGUUACAUCGGAGAAACUUUAGGGGACAUGACUGUAAAUACAGAACCUCUCUGCAAAUUUGAGGUGCUCUUUAAACUAGCAUGCAAAAUUGUAAGGAGAUUUGUAAGAAUGCCAACAGAGCAAGGCUUGAGUGAUUUUGUUGUUUAUGAUUUCUAAUUACUAUGAACCUAUCAGCUGGUUUGCUCUUGUA